AUGAACCUGGUGGGGAGCUACCACCACCACCACCACCACCACCACCACCACCACAACGGCGCCGCGGCCCCGAUGCUCCACGACCCGUUCCUCUUCGCGCCGGCCUCCCGCUGCCACCAGGACCGGCCUUACUUCCCGAGCUGGGUGCUGGGCCCCGGGGAGGCGGGGGUGGCUUUCCCCGGGGGGCCCGCCGCCCCUUCCUCCUCCUCCUCCUCCUCCCCCUCCUCCUCCGCCUACGGCCCUGGGGGUCCCGGGCCCGGCCGCCUGGAGGCCCUGGGCGGCCGCCUGGGCCGGAGGAAAGGCCCCGGGCCCAAGAAGGAGCGGCGCCGCACCGAGAGCAUCAACAGCGCCUUCGCCGAGCUGCGGGAGUGCAUCCCCAACGUGCCCGCCGACACCAAGCUGUCCAAGAUCAAGACCCUGCGCCUGGCCACCAGCUACAUCGCCUACCUGAUGGACGUCCUGGCCAAGGACGCCCAGGCCGGGGACCCCGAGGGCUUCAAGGCGGAGCUGAAGAAGCCGGACGGCGGACGGGACGGCAAGAGGAAGAGAGAGCCGCAGAGCGAAGCCUAUCCCCAUCCUCUGGGUCACGGAGAGAAAAAGAUUAAAGGACGGACGGGCUGGCCCCAGCAAGUUUGGGCUCUGGAACUAAAUCAGUGAAAAAAAGAAGCAGUGGAGAGAGGAGCGGACAGUUUCUUUAAAAAAAAAAAACAAAACCAAAAACCCAUCCCAGACCCCAGGACCAGUGGGGGAAAGUCACAUUCGAUGUCGUUGUUAUCGUUUUAUUUCUAAUUUUAUUACCGUUUUGUUGAGCACUCUUCAGGCUGGGAGUUAGCCCACAGCACACUCUGAUCACGUGCAAUGUCAUUUAAUUUUUGUUUUUAAAUGCGCCGAGA